GGCUGAGCUAGGUCUCCCGUUGAGAUGAAGGCGCAGCGAUCAAGUCGCGCGGGUCACUUUAGUCGCACAGAGCGUAGUGCUGCUGCGUUCGCCGCGGUCUGAUGAUGUUUCAUCGAUCGCUAAAAAUUGCUCUUCAUCCUGUGACAGACCUGUUUGGCCGGUAGGUAAAGCUGCUUCCCGUGUACUAAAAACGACAAUGAGAUCAUAAAGAGCAAUGCAACUUCAACGACUGCAACCUGUACACAAACACUACACAAUAUAGUCGGAUCAAAAUCACACUCUCUGCCACAAAUCACAAAUAAGACUGUCCAAUUCACAAAUUCGGGCACAAUUGAACACUAAUGGGCAUCCGGGACGCGAUGCGGCGCUCGGCGGCGUCCUCCGCCUCCUCUGCGGCGCCCGCGAGCGCCAUGGCGCGCACCUUGCGCCUGGCGCGACAGUCCGGCAGCUUGAACUUGUCCUCGCGCGACUUCCAGAGCUUCCCGGAGGAGGUUUUCCGCCUCUACGAGCUGCUGGGCGAGGACGAGCGCAGCUGGGAGUGCGCGGUCCUGCGCAAGCUCGACCUAAGCUACAAUGACAUUUCGGAGCUGCCGACGCAAGUGGAGACGCUCAAGUACCUCGUGAGCUUCAAGAUGCGCCACAACCGUCUCCGUCACUUGCCCCUGGCGGUCUGGAACCUCGAGACGCUCACGAGUCUCGACCUCAGCAACAAUGAGCUGGAGGGCUGUUUGCCGGAGCAAUUGGGCAAGUUGGACAAGUUGCGGGAGCUCGGAUUGGAAGGUAACAAGUUGACAAAGUUGCCGGAGUGCAUUGGCGGACUCAGUCACUUGGAGGUGCUGAAGGUGGAGAGUAACCAGCUGAGGACGUUGCCGUCCACGAUCGGCCAGCUGCGUAAUUUGAAGACGCUGUCGGCGCACUCGAACCUGAUCGUGGAGUUGCCGGCGUCGUUUGGAUCACUCACGGGGUUGUUGACGUUGGAUCUGAAGAAGAACAGUCUGGUGACGACAGGCGACGCGUUCAUUGGGCUAGUGUCGAUCAAGUUCAUUGACCUGCGACAGAACAAGCUCGAGGUGUUCCCGAUGCUGCCGGAGAACAACUCGAGCUUGGACCAGCUCUUCCUCGGGUUUAACACCCUUCGUGAAAUUCCGGAAGAGAUUGUGCUGAACGUGAAGGAGUCGUUGACGGUGCUGGACGUGCGUGACAACAAGUUGCAGCGGCUGUCAGGGAAGAUUCCGCAGUUGUAUCGCCUGAAGACGCUGGAUGUCACCAACAACGACCUGCACGAUUUACCUGCGGGGCUGGGAUACUUGAAGUACCUCGACCACUUGCUGGUUGACGGCAACCCGCUGCGAUCGGUGAGACGUUCCAUCAUUUCUGGCGGCACGGAGCCGCUCAAGAAGUACUUGCGGACCCGCGGUGGCCCUCCAGAAGGAGUUGACGCAAUGGAGGAAGAAGUGGACGAGUUUACGAUCAGACAGAGGGAAAUAGAGCAGGACGAACCUAUGGCUGAAGAACCACCGGCGGAGGACGAGUACUUGUUCCGCAAUGCUGCUGCCUCGGGUAGUCUGCAGCUCGUCGACAUGAAGUUUCAGCAACUACCAGUCCAACUUGGUGCUGCAGGGAAGUAUCGCUUUGGUGAAACGCUGCUUCAGCUGAACCUGUCGAAGAAUCACUUGGUGGAAUUACCUGUCGCGAUCGGCGAACUGACGUCACUGCGCACGCUCGUCGCAGAGCAGUGCGGAUUGAAGUCGAUUCAUCCCUCGAUCGCGAUGAUCCCGAGCCUGGAGCGUUUACGCGUCGGCAAGAACUCGCUGACGACGGACGCUAUCGAUGCUAUGCUGGUUGCAGGCAACAAUGCGAGCAUCUGCUUGUCGUUGAAGGAGCUUGAUCUCCGCAACAACAUUCUGACGGAUAUUCCUCAGAAGCUGCAAUAUCUGGAGACGAUGGACACGUUACUGCUCUCGUUCAAUCGUAUUCGGGCGCUGGACAGGUUCCCAUGGUCUUCAAUGCAGCAGCUCUCAGUGCUCAGCAUCUCUGACAACCGGCUGGAAUCUCUUGGAGCGGUUCACCAAAUUCCAAAGCUAACUUCUUUGUCUCUGGAAAACAACGAGCUACGCCAGAUUCCUGCGGAACUAGCGCUGUGCGAGAAUCUCCGAGCUCUCUACCUGGCUGGCAACCCCCAGCGAGGUAUCCGAACCCACAUUUUGAACAACGGCACCGAAGCUGUGCUGAAGUACCUCCGCAAUAGACUCCCUCCUGAUGUGUUGCCUCCAACCAUCGGACAAGGGACCCCAAAACCCGCCAAGGAUACCAACCCGUCCAGCAACAUGCCACGCUCACAAACAACCACGCUAGAGUCCAAGCGCCUUCGUGUGGACGCGUCAACGUCGCCGUUCAAACCGGUAGACAUGAGUCCGCAGGUGAAGCCAGCAGCGAACCCGAGCUCCGUGUCAGCAACGUCACCCUUCGCCAAGCAGUCAGUGCCGCGCCCCGCGCCAUCUGCAGCUCCUGUUACCGUUGCAGCCUCAGAGGGUGAAGACGAAGUCCUGGCCGAGUUGAACGCGAAGAUUCUCAAGCUGGAGCAGCAACUGGAUGACUUUGCUGGCUCGGCAGCGAAACGAUUUGCAGUGAAGAAGGACUUGGCCAUGACUCGGUCGCUCAAGAUCCGUCACUUGCGAAAGAUUGGACAGAAGCCGUAG